AGAAUAUAUAAUCUUAAUUAAUUAUUUAUUGUUUAAGUUGACAUGGGGAACGAAGUCGUGUGAGUUGCAAAUCUUUGGAGUGACGGACUGAAAAUGACGGUGAAUGGUGAACACCCCAGUGGAACUCUAUAACACAGUUCUGGUCCUGCUUUGUGUGUUAGUGUACGUGUUACAAUGAGCUGGGCUACAGACAACUGGACCGCAGGUCUCUCUGGUAGAGUCCUACAGAAGGUCCAGGAGAUUCAGUCCCUCAAUGACAAGCUGAACCGAGAGAGACAGCAAAGACAGCUUCAGCUGGACAAUUCUGAAGCAGCACUAAAUAAACAAAAACAAAAGUAUGAAGAGGUGCACGUGGAGCUGGCAGCGGUUAAGCGGGAGCUGGUGGGCAUGCAAGAGCAAGUACAGGUGGAGGCACGGGCCCGAGAACGCCUGGCACAGGAACUGCAGGCCAAAGUGGCUCAGGUUUGCAGUCUAGAGGGCCAACUGGACGCACAAAAAACUCAGUCGCAGAACCUUACAUUGGAAGUUAAACGGCUUGAGGCAAUGCUGGAAAAGCUGCAAAAAGAGAAUGUCUCAGGAGACACCAUGUUGUUUUCCACUCCCAGCUGGACCAUGAACUCACCCUGGGAGCAAAGUGGUAAGACUGGUCUCGGUGGAGAGGGUGACAGCCAAGCAUACACUGCCCGUCAGCAGCUUCAGUUUGGAGACAGCCCUAAAGCCUCAGUGGGUGCAGUUUCAUCACCGUUCCCACAGCAACCACACACAACUCCACCCCCAAGGCGCAGAGUCCACCAGUCAGACUCCCAUACGCCCUCCGCUGUGUUUCCAUGGGAACGGGAUGACACAAGGUCCACUCUCAAAGGAAGACCAACAUCAUCCUCAACCCCUGGCUCCCUCCCUAUUAAUAAUGCCGUUGCCACUGACGCUGGGUUGCGAGAUGAUAGAGUUGAGGAGGCUCUAAGGAAGGAGGUUGAUGGGCUGCGUGUGCGUGUCUCCGGUUUGCAGCAGGAACUGCAGCUGGAAAAGGAGUGCCAUAGAGAAACAGAGUCUCGUCUUGUUAAGGCUCAGAAAGACGUCAACACGAACGAGCAGAAUCUGACGCGCUCCAGGGACGAGUUGGCCCGCGCACAAACGCGCAUCACACAGGAGGGGGACAGGGCUCAGGCAGCUGAACAGCGUGUUAAGAAGUUACAGGAGGAGCUCAAGUGCCAGAGGCAGAAUGCUGAGACCAGUCGCUGCAAUGCUGAGCAACGCCGCAAAGAAAUGGAAAGGGAGCACCAGAGAGAGCUGUUGGAGCUGCAGAAAGAACGCCAGUCUAUGGAGAGGCAGCACCAACAGGAGACUAACAAACUUAACCAGGAAAUCCAGCAAGCCCGGACACUACACAAUGCACUACAGACACAGUAUGACAAGCUGGUUCUUCAGAAGCAGGCUGUAGAGAAGGACCUGGAUGAAGUGCAGGGAAAGCUGAAGAACACACAGGCCGAUCUGACAGAGACACAAAAGAGAGAGACUCAAUUGCAGGCAAAGCUCAUGGAGUCACUUAGGGAAAACGAUGGUCUGCGUGUAUCUCUGGAGCAGUUAAAGAAGAGAGAGAAAAGCCUGGAGGAAGAGGUGAAGAGACUGACUGAAGAGUUAGCUGACGCACUGAGGCUCAUUAAGGAGUUGCAAGCCAGGCUAGCCGCUCCUCCUCCACAAGUGGUCACUCAUUCCUUUACUCCUGUUGCUGGAGACGGCUUCAGCUCUGUUCGUUCCAUCCAUUCUGAUCAGUCUCCACCUCGCCAGCAUUCGGUGCAGAGAAAGAGAGCCCCCAAAACAGAGAGACCAAAAGCACCAGACAGACCAGAGCUGGUUAGCUAUCCUUUUGGCAGAGAACCUGGUGAGGGAAUUGACUCGGAGCACAUCAGUGAGUUUGUUUCUGAAGGAUCUGCACCACUUAACAUACGUGUACAAGAAGGGAAUCAACAUGUAACAGGAAGAUCCGUUGAAUCAGAGAUAGAUAGCUCCAUUACUGAACAAGACACGGGGAUAGAGGAUACAGACACUGACUCGUACAUGUCAGAUUCAAUUAGCGAGCGUAUAUUUAAAGACUAUUUUAAUUGUGAAUCAGAAGGUUCAAAGGGAAGCUCUUCAUUUCAGAAGCAAAAAAGGGACUCGUCUGCUCUUGUGGAAUUAAAGAAAGAGAAUACUACUCUUCGAGAUGAGCUCAAGGACAUUAAAAAAGAAUUGCAACAACGUUUGGAGGACCUUGAGUCUCAGCGUCGAGCAGAAACUGAGGCCAGGACCAAACUGAAGCAACUGAGCAAAAAGUUCUCGAGUCAGACCGAGCAGCAUUGCACCAAGGCCCAGGAGCUCAAAGAAAAAGAAAACAAGCUGGAGGCUCAGCUGGAACUGGAGAGAAAGGAAAGUGCAGCACUUAAGGAAGUGGUUGCUACUUUGGAAAAAGAGACUGAAAAAAGGAAUGAGGAAAUAAAAAGAGAAGAGGCAGAGAACAAAGAGGAGACGUUUAAGCUUAAAGAGGCCUUGUCUGAAAUGGAAAGAAAAGAAGAAGAGCUCAAAGAUGAAAAAGAAAAAAUGCACAAAGAACUGGAGGAGCUUCAGUCUGUUCUUUUACAGGAAAGAACGGAGAGGGAAAGGGAAAAAGAGGAGGAGAAAAAACUGCCCAAAAUAAAUGAGAUGGAGAGACUAAAGAUUGCAGAACUUCAAGCAGAGUUGGACCGGCUACAAAAUUCUUGCAUGUUGGAGGACAAAAGUGUAAAGGACAACAUGCCUUUAACCUAUCUGCAGCUUGGAAACCAAACAAACACCACAAAUGAUGUUACAUCAACGACUAAUACUAACGUUAUCUUGUGCGAAUCAGGGAACCUUCAAAACACCAUGCUGUCUGAGCAAACAACAGUAACAAGCCUAAUCACAGAGUGUGAAACUGAGACCAAAUCUGAAGAUCACUCCUCAGCAGAACAGAAUAGUCCUUCAGCAAUAAGUCCUGAACAGCAAAAAAAGACCACAGAGAUCUCCGAGUUGGACAGCACUACUGUUUUGGUCUUGGAGGUGGAGCGUCUGCGAGUACAAAGAGACAAGGAAGCAGAAAAAGCAAAAAAGAGCCAGCAAAAGCUUGAGGCUCUUCAGAACCAGGUCAAUAACCAGACCAAACAGCUUACUUCUGCUUUUGAGAACCAGAGCAAGCACAUUGAAGGUCUGUUGAGGGGCCUGCAAGAAAGGGAUGCUGCCCUCGAGAGGCAAGGUGAGGAACUGCAGAGCUGUUUGAAAGAGCUUGCUUUACUCAAAUCUGAGAAACAGAUGAGAGAGAUCAGCAAUAAAAGCUCCAACACUGAGCAGCCUGAUGAUGUCUCCUUGGAGCCUGAUUGUUCUUUAGUAAUUAGCAAAUGUACUUCAAGUACUGAUGAAGUUCCUAAGCAAGACGAUUCUCAUUCUGUAAAUGACAAAUCACUACAAUCUGACAAUCAGCACUCUCCAAAUUUAGAAGUUGAAAAGAUUGAGCAAGGCAAUGCCAUUGCUAACCUGGAUAGCUUGACUAUAAGUAAUGUGACUUUAAGCACACAAGAGCAUGUAUCUCUACCCACCUCAGAUGACCAAGGUGCAGAUUUUACUAAUCGUGAUGAAAAUGCUGCUGCACAGGAACCACUGACCCCUGCUCAGGAAGGCACUGGUAAAACACUUGACCAUAACAUAGUUAAUACAGAGAGCUCAAUAAUGAGUCCAGAGAAACCAAAGAACCCAUUGGAAAUCCUACAGAGGCAUCUUGAAAACCACACUGGUGACUUAAGUGUCUUGAAACCUGUAAUUGAUGAAUUGCAGAAAAUGCAAAAUGAACUGGCUGUUCUAAAGGCCAAGAAUGAAGUCUCCACACAGAAUUACCUAGCCAUUAAGCAAGAGAAUGAACAUCUUAAAUUAAAACUGAAACAAAUGAAGACAGAACCAUGUUUAGCAGAAGAACCUCCACAAACGCAGGACGGCUCUCAGCUUACAAACACUAACAGAGAAGAAUGUUUGGCUGAAACUCAAGCAGGACAUUUAGUUGAUAAUCUGACUAUGAACGAGAAGCCAAGCAUCAGUGCAGGUGCUGAGGACAAAUCAAGAGAUAUCAGAACUGAACAAAAAGAUGAUGAAAAUGCUGCUGCACAGAAACUACAGGAACCACUGACCACUGCUCAGGAAGGCACUGGUGCAACAGUUGACCUCAACACAGUUGAAACAGAGAGCUCAGUAAUAAGUCCAGACAACCUGGAGAACCCAUUGGAAAUCCUUCAGAGUCUUCUUAAAAACCACAGUGGUGACAUAAGUGCCUUUAAACCUGUAAUCGAUAAACUGCACGAAGCACAGAAUGAUUUGGUCACUGUAAAGGCCAAAAAUGACCAUUUGACUGUGCAGCUGCAGGAAGUCUCCACACAGGAUUACCUAGCAAUUAAGCAAGAGAAUGAACAUCUUAAAUUAAAACUGAAACAAAUGGACACCGAGCCAUGUUUAAAACCUCCACAAAAACAGGACGGCUCUCAGCUUACGAACACUAACAAAGAAGAAUGUUUGGCUGAAAAUCAAGCUGGACAUUUAGUUGACGCUUUGUCUAGUCUGACUGAGAAGCCAAGCAUCAGUGCAAGUGCUCAGGACGAAUCAAGAGACAUCAGAACCAAACAAGCAGAUAAUAAAAAUGCUGCUGCACAGAAACCACAGGAACCACUGACCACUGCUCAGGAAUGCACUGCUGAAACAGUUGACCAUAACACAGUUGAUACAGAGAGCUCAGUAAUAAGUCCAGACAAGCCAAGGAACCCAUUGGAAAUCCUACAGAGUUUUCUUGAAAACCACACUGGUGACUUAAGUGUCCUUAAACCUGUAAUUGAUGAAUUGUAUAAAACACAGAAUGAACUGAUCGCUCUAAAGGCCAAGAAUGACCAGCAGACUCUGCAGCUGCAGGAAGUCUCCACACAGGAUUAUCUAUCCAUUAAGCAAGAGAAUGAACAUCUUAAUCAAGCUGGACAUUCAGUUGAUUCUUUGUCUAGUCUGAAUGAGAAGCCAAGUAUCAGUACAAGUUAUGAGGAUGAAGCAAGGGACAUUAGAACCGAACAGGCAGAUGAUGAAAAUGCUGCUGCACAGAAACCACAGGAACCACUGACCACUGCUCAGGAAGGCACUGGUGAAACAGUUUACCAUAGCACAGUCGAUACAGAGAGACCAGACAAGCAUAAGAAACCAUCGGAAAUCCUACAGAGGCAUCUUGAAAACCACACAGGUGACCUGAAACCUGUAAUCGAUGAAUUGCAUAAAACACAGAAUGAACUGGCCAUUCUAAAGGCGAAGAAUGACCAGUUGACUCUGCAGCUGCAGGAAGUCUCCACACAGGAUUACCUAUCCAUUAAGCAAGAGAAUGAACAUCUUAAAUCAAAACUGAAACAAAUGGACACAGAACCAUUUUUAGCAGAAGAACGUCCACAAACGCAGGGCGGUGAAAAACAGAUGUCUGAAAAUCAAGCUGUACAUUUAGUUGAUGAUUUAUCUAGUCUGACUGAGAAGCCAAGCAUCAGUGCAAGUGCUGAGGAUGAAUCAAUGGACAUCAGAACCGAACAGAAAGAUGAUGAAAAUACUGCUGCACAGAAACUACAGGAACCCUUGACCACUGCUCAGCAAGGCACUGCUGAAACAGUUGACCAUAACACGGUUGAUACAGAGAGCUCAAUAAUAAGUCCAGGCAAGCCAAGGAACCCAUUGGAAAUCCUACAGAGUUUUCUUGAAAACCACACUGGUGACUUAAGUGCCUUGAAACCUGUAAUCGAUGAAUUGUAUAAAACACAGAAUGAACUGAUCGUUCUAAAGGCCAAGAAUGACCAGCAGACUCUGCAGCUGCAGGAAGUCUCCACACAGGAUUAUCUAUCCAUUAAGCAAGAGAAUGAACAUCUUAAAUCAAAACUGAAACAAAUGGAGACAGAACCAUGUUUAGCAGAAGAACCUCCACAAACGCAGGACGGCUCUCAGUUUACAAACACUAACAGAGAAGAAUGUUUGGCUGAAAAUCAAGCAGGACAUUUAGUUGAUAAUCUGACUAGUCUGAACGAGAAGCCAAGUGUCAGUGCAAAUGCUGAGGACGAAGCAAAGGACACCAGAACUGAAUGGGAAAAUGUAAACCAAACUGGUGACCUGAAGUCUAUAAUCGAUGAAUUGCAUAAAACACAGAACGAACUGGCCAUUCUAAAUGCCAAGAAUGAAGUGUCCACACAGAAUUACCUAGCCAUUAAGCAAGAGAAUGAACAUCUUAAAUUAAAACUGAAACAAAUGGAGACAGAAACAUGUGUAGCAGAAGAACCUCCGCAAACGCAGGACGGCUCUCCGCUAGUGAACACUAACAAAGAAAAGUGUUUGGCUAAAAAUCAAGCAGGACAUUUAGUUGAUAAUCUGACUAGUCUGAGCGAGAAGCCAAGAAUCAGUGCAGGUGCUGAGGACAAAUCAAGAGACAUCAGAACCGAACAAGCAGAUAAUAAAAAUGCUGCUUCACAGAAACUACAGGAACCACUGACCACUGCUCAGAAAGGCAGUGCUGAAACAGUUGACCAUAACACAGUCGAUACAGAGAGCUCAGUACCAGACAAGCUAAAGAACCCAUCUGAAAUCCUACAGAGGCAUCUAGAAAACCACACAGGUGACCUGAAACCUGUAAUUGAUGAACUGCAUAAAACACAGAAUGAACUGGCCAUUCUAAAGGCAAAGAAUGACCAGUUGACUCUGCAGCUGCAGGAAGUCUCCACACAGGAUUAUCUGGCCCUUAAACAAGAAAAUGAACAUCUCAAACUAAAACUGAAACAAAUGGAGACAGAACCAUGUUUAGCAGAAGAACCUCCACAAACUCAGGACGGCUCUCAGUUUACAAACACUAACAGAGAAGAAUGUUUGGCUGAAAAUCAAGCAGGACAUUCAGUUAAUGAUUUAUCUAGUCUGAACACGAAGCCAAGAGUCAGUGCAAGUGCUGAGGACAAAUCAAGAGACAUCAGAACUGAACAGAAAGAUGAUGAAAAUACUGCUGUACAGACACUACAGGACCCACUGACCACUGCUCAGGAAGGCACUGCUGAAACAGUUGACCAUAACACAGUAGAUACAGAGAGCUCAGUAAUAAGUCCAGACAAGCUAAAGAACUCAUCUGAAAUCCUAUUGCAUAAAACACAGAAUGAACUGGCCAUUCUAAAGGCAAAGAAUGACCAGUUGACUCUGCAGCUGCAGGAAGUUUCCACACAGGAUUAUCUUGCCCUUAAACAAGAAAACAAACAUCUCAAACUAAAACUGAAACAAAUGGACUCAGAACCAUCUUUAGCAGAAGAACCUCCACAAACGCAGGACGGCUCUCAGCUUACGAACACUAACAGAGAAGAAUGUUUGGCUGAAAAUCAAGCAGGACAUUUAGUUGACGCUUUGUCUAGUCUGAACAAGAAGCCAAGCAUCAGUGCAGGUGCUGAGGACAAAUCAAGAGACAUCAGAAUCAAACAAGCAGAUGAUGAAAAUGCUGCUGCACAGAAACCACAGCAACCACUGACCACUGCUCAGGAAGGCACCCGUGAAACAGUUGACCAUAACACAGUUGAUACAGAGAGCUCAAUAAUAAGUCCAGACAACCUGGAGAACCCAUUGGAAAUCCUACAGAGUUUUCUUGAAAACCACACUGGUGACUUAAGUGCCUUGAAACCUGUAAUCGAGGAAUUGUAUAAAACACAGAAUGAACUGAUCGUUCUAAAGGCCAAGAAUGACCAGUUGACUCUGCAGCUGCAGGAAGUCUCCACACAGGAUUACCUAGCCGUUAAACAAGAGAAUGAACAUCCUACAUUAAAACUGAAACAAAUGGACACAGAACCAUCUUUAGCAAAAGAACCUCCACAAACGCAGGACGGCUCUCAGCUUACGAACACUAACAAAGAAGAAUGUUUGGCUGAAAAUCAAGCAGGACAUUUAGUUGAUGAUUUAUCUAGUUUGAACAAGAAGCCAAGAAUCAGUGAAAGUGCUGAGGACGAAGCAAGGGGCAUCAGAACCGAAAAGGAAGAUGAUGAAAAUGCUGCUGCACAGAAACUACAGGGACCACUGACCACUGCUCAGGAAGGCACUGGUGAAACAGUUUACCAUAACACAGUUAAUACAGAGAGCUCAGUUUUAAGUCCAGACAAACCGAAGAACUUAUUGGAAAUCCUACAGAGUUUUCUUGAAAACCACACUGGUGACUUAAGUGCCUUUAAACCUGUAAUCGAUGAAUUGUAUAAAACACAGAAUGAACUGAUCCUUCUAAAGGACAAGAAUGACCAGCAGACUCUGCAGCUGCAGGAAGUCUCCACACAGGAUUAUCUAUCCAUUAAGCAAGAGAAUGAACAUCUUAAAUUAAAACUGAAACAAACUGACACAGAAACAUGUUUAGCAGAAGAACCUCCACAGAAACAGUGCGGCUCUCCCCUAACGAACCAAAGAAACAAAAAUAAAUGUAUGCCUGAAAAUCAAGCUGGACUUUCAGUUGAUGAUUUAUCUAGUCUGACCGAGAAGUUAAGCAUCAGUGCAAGUGCUGAGGAUGAAUCAAGGGACAUCAGAACCGAACAGAAAGAUGAUGAAAAUACUGCUGUACAGAUACUACAGGAACCACUGACCACUGCUCAGGAAGGCACUGCUGAAACAGUUGACCAUAACACAGUCGAUACAGAGAGCUCAGUACCAGACAAGCUAAAGAACCCAUCUGAAAUCCUACAGAGGCAUCUAGAAAACCACACAGGUGACCUGAAACCUAUAAUUGAUGAACUGCAUAAAACACAGAAUGAACUGGCCAUUCUAAAGGCAAAGAAUGACCAGUUGACUCUGCAGCUGCAGGAAGUCUCCACACAGGAUUAUCUGGCCCUUAAACAAGAAAAUGAACAUCUCAAACUAAAACUGAAACAAAUGGAGACAGAACCAUGUUUAGCAGAAGAACCUCCACAAACUCAGGACGGCUCUCAGUUUACAAACACUAACAGAGAAGAAUGUUUGGCUGAAAAUCAAGCAGGACAUUCAGUUAAUGAUUUAUCUAGUCUGAACACGAAGCCAAGAGUCAGUGCAAGUGCUGAGGACAAAUCAAGAGACAUCAGAACUGAACAGAAAGAUGAUGAAAAUACUGCUGUACAGACACUACAGGAACCACUGACCACUGCUCAGGAAGGCACUGCUGAAACAGUUGAUCAUAACACAGUAGAUACAGAGAGCUCAGUAAUAAGUCCAGACGAGCUAAAGAACUCAUCUGAAAUCCUAUUGCAUAAAACACAGAAUGAACUGGCCAUUCUAAAGGCAAAGAAUGACCAGUUGACUCUGCAGCUGCAGGAAGUUUCCACACAGGAUUAUCUUGCCCUUAAACAAGAAAACGAACAUCUCAAACUAAAACUGAAACAAAUGGACUCAGAACCAUCUUUAGCAGAAGAACCUCCACAAACGCAGGACGGCUCUCAGCUUACGAACACUAACAGAGAAGAAUGUUUGGCUGAAAAUCAAGCAGGACAUUUAGUUGACGCUUUGUCUAGUCUGAACAAGAAGCCAAGCAUCAGUGCAGGUGCUGAGGACAAAUCAAGAGACAUCAGAAUCAAACAAGCAGAUGAUGAAAAUGCUGCUGCACAGAAACCACAGCAACCACUGACCACUGCUCAGGAAGGCACCCGUGAAACAGUUGACCAUAACACAGUUGAUACAGAGAGCUCAGUAAUAAGUCCAGAGAAACCAAGGAACCCAUCGGAAAUUCUACAGAGUUUUCUUAAAAACCACACUGGUGACUUAAGUGCCUUUAAACCUGUAAUCGAUGAAUUGCAAAAAAUGCAGAAUGAACUGAUCGUUCAAAGGGAAAAGAAUGACCAGCCGACUCUGCAGCUGCAGGAAGUCUCCACACAGGAUUAUCUAGCCAUUAAGCAAGAGAACGAACAUCUCAAAUUAAAACUGAAACAAAUGGAGACAGAACCAUGUUUAAAACCUCCUCAACUGCAGGACGGUUCUCAGCUACUGAACACCAACAAAGAAGUUGAUGAUUUAUCUAGUCUGAACGAGAAGCCAAGCAUCAGUGCAAGUGCUGAGGAUGAAGCAAAGGACAUCCAAACAGAAUGGAAAGAGGUACAUGAAAAGAGUGAAAAUAAGACAUGGCCAUCUCUACAGGAUCACUCUUUACAAGAAAAGCUGCAAGACUUAAAGACUCAACUUCAAAUCCUUGCUGAGGAGAACAGGCAGCAAGCUGAAGAGCUGGAGCUCUGGAGAAUCUCUGCCAUGUCACCUGGGGAGACAAUGGAUCAGCAAAGCAACAACAAGCCCAUAGUCUUGGUGCAGGAAGGACAGCUGGUCCUCUCGUGCAGCCCCACUGUGCUACAUACCAACAGCAGGCAAAGCAGGAACAUGGUACAGCUUGAAGGUUAUUCUGCCCACCAAAGACACAACCAAAGCUUCUCAGAACAGACGACAGGGGACCUGCAGCCUAUUCUUAAAGCUACGGAACCAAUGGCACUUGACGACGGUGCAAUAACUGAUGUAAAUGUUCACAUUAAAAUGGAAGUCAGAACCAUUUAUGGGAGUUGUACAAUCUCAUCUUCUAAAACAGACUCCGAUGAUGACCAUACUGUAACUAAUCAAAUUAAACAAAUGGGACCAAACAGAGAUGCUGAGGUUGCUAAGGAUACUGUGAACCAACUCUUGGAAAAUGCUUUCAGACCAGAAAGUCAGGAUGGUUCUGCCUCAACCACAGUUGAAACCAAAGAUUUGGAUCCAAAGCUUCAAAUAAAACCAGCAGACAGAAGGGACCUCCACAUGUCCAGCUUCACCUGUGAUGAGGUAGUCAUGCCUGUUGUCCAACAAAGUGAGGUGCAUAAAAGUACACCAGAGCAGGGCAGUGAGCAUGUUGCAGCUCCAGUGCUGAUAGAGAACAAUGCUGUAACAAAGCGCCUUGUUGUUGACCAAGAUCAAAGAUCAGAUUUUUUCGAUGUCACUUUUGGUCCAUACCAAGCAGUAAUUAAAGAAGUGAAGAGUGUUUGCACUCAGACAGAACAGAAUAGCGUGAUGAACGUGGAGGAUUCUGGAGCCUGCAGUCACCCCCAGCAGAAAUUGAGCAUCCUCCAUGCCAGCACUCAAACCGACACCGAUCAAAUAAUGGAAAAAAAGAAACAUGACAGUGAUGUCACUGAAUCCCCACCACUCUCCCCUACCCCUGCAUCAGUGACCAAAAAGCUUCUGUUUUCUGGCGCUUUUCCAAUCCCGUCCAAUCCGGCUCACCUGGCUGAGAGAAUCAGACGUAACAGAAGCCGCAUGUCUGCAGCUUACGAUGACACAGAGUACGAACCUUACGGCUUGCCUGAAGUCGUCAUGAAAGGUUUUGCUGAUAUUCCCAGCGGACCUGCUUGUCCGUAUGUUUUGCGCAGGGGACUUCUGGGAACUGAUGCUUUACCCCUCUCGCUCAGAGAGCCGCUGCUAAAGGAAGAUGAUGAAGAUACUGAUCCGUAGCACAGUCCUGCAAUGCACAAGGUUCUCAUUCCUGUACAGACACAUGCAUUGUUCACCUGGGCUGAUUCACUUUUACUUAAAUCAUUUUCCAUAGUUUUGAAUGGCUUAACUUUUGGAUGUUGUUGGGAUGUGCAGCUUUGCAGAGAAGCUGCAUUGGAAGCUGCCAGGCUGCUGUUAAAUAAGCAUCGCAAACUUAGUAGUGAAGGGUGACCAUUGUAAAGUAGAAUGUUUCUGAUUAGCUGCCUACUGAAGCACACUCGUUUUCUUACAGAUUCACUUGUGCUCGUUCUCUACCUGAAAAGUGAUGCUUUAUUUAAAUGUAGUGAAAAUAUGUUUACAUUGACCUGUGGUAGAUUUGCCUUGAAAACACUCAAACCCUGUGAAUGUCUUUCCUUUUUGUUAAUAGAUGUUUGUUUUUGCACUGCUGUAGAUUAAUAUUUGUUGGAAAUAAGGUACAUUAAAGGCUUGAAGAGAGCAUGAGGGCAAAAGUAUGACUCAACCUGGGCCUGUUUCCGCUCCUUGUAUGGUUAUCUGUGUUGGAGUGUGUGUGUACACACUCGCACACUAUCUGUUUGCCCUGCCUGGUUGAUCUUACUUCAACAAGAGAUUUGUACUGUUCCUUCUGCAGAACAAAGGUUUUGAAAGUUUGUUUUUUAAAUGAAAUUAAUAUAUUUUAUUGAAUUGUUUUGUAGUUUGUGUAAUGUUUACGUGUUUUUUAUGUCAGGCUAGGCAUUUCUAAUGCUAGAUUCUUCUUGUAACGUUGUAAUGUUUUCUUUUAAUUGUACAUGUUUCUUGUUGUUUGAAGGACACUUGAUCUGAUUAACUUAAUUUCCUCCAAUACUUUCUAAGCUGUAUGAACCUACAAUGUGGAAACUAUUCUAUUA